ACCUACUGACCUACUUUGUGCAAGUUGGAAAUAAAAGCUGUGCAGGUUCUAAAAAUCGCCCCCUGCCUUACAAGAAGAUGAAGAUGAAGGGUGAUGAGGAAACAGCGGUGACCCUGUGGGGAAACCUCCAGUAAAUCGCAGGAGGGUUGAAGUAGGGAUAAAAGAAGAGCAGGAGGUGCUGAAGAGCCAGAGGUGUGUGCGCAGAGACAGAGGAGGUUAUGACCGCGUCUCCUCACCUGGACCUCGGGCUGCUGCUGCUGCCGCUUCUGGCCUGCUGGCAAACAAUGGUCGGAGCAACUGUGCCAGCAGCCCCAGUGAAUGUAUCGGUGACCCAGCUGAGGGCGCACUCGGCCAUGGUGACCUGGAACGUCCCUCAGGGAGAUACUGUCAUUGGAUACGCCAUCUCACAGCAGAGGCAGGACGGCCUGAUGCAGCGCUCCAUCCGAGAGGUGAACACGUCCAGCCGCUGGUGCGUGCUGUGGGACCUGGACGAGGACACGCACUACAGUGUCCAGGUGCAGUCCGUCGGCCCUCACGGUGACAGCCAACCCAGCCGCGCCGUCCACUUCAGGACUCUGGAGAGGAGUGACCAUUAUCCAGCCGGAGUCCUGGACCACCAUGAACCGGCGAUGGAAGGUCUGGGUAUGACGCCACACCUGCAGACAGGAGAGCUGCUCAUUAUCACCACCGUGCUGCUGCUGUGGGCAGCCGUCAUCGCCCUGUUCUGCCGACAGUAUGACAUCAUCAAAGACAACGACUCCAAUGGCACCAAGGAGAAAGCCAAGAGGCCGCUGGUCCGCGCCACUUCCUCCUACUACAACGCUUCAGCCGGCAGCUCACCCAUCUACCACAACGGAGCCGUUCGCAGCAGCAGGCUCCACAGAGCCUCCUCCUCCAUCAGCAUCAUUAGAGUCUGAGAGUGGAUGUUACUUGAAAAACUCACUGUGCUGUACGGCAGCGACGGGACGGGUGGAGCUGAUGAUGUGCAACAGCGGGCAGCGUUUGCCGGAGGAACUUCAGUGGGAUUAUCAUGAGGAACAGAGAAUUGAUAGACCUGCUGGGUGAGAGUCUAAUUUAUUGUAAAAUAUGGGCAAAGUGAGAAGCACUCCAUGCAAAUGAAAUUCAAAUGAAACUGAGGAGUCAUGCUGUGGAUGAAGUGGAUGACUACUGCGCUCUAGUGGCAGAAGACGGCAGCAUUAAAACAUCAUGGAAACAGCUGUACACUGGCCUCCUGUGGCAUCAUACCAUUCGUACCAUUGCAGCUUUCCCAGCAAAAGAAGACGUAUUUUCAACUCAUUUCCUGUUGUAUAAAAAUGUUUUCCUCUCUCUGAUGUCAAAGACUAAAUGUGAAUAUUUGCCAGCAUGUCGAACACGUCCUGUCCUCCUCAAACUAAUUGAUUUUCCAACACGUGCGCAUUCGACUACUAUAUUACAAUGUGAUUUAUACAUUUUUUAAUCCAUAAUCAAUAAUUACUAA